GCUACCAUCCUAAGCCUCCUGUUAGGCAAUCAAGUGUGCUGGAGGGAGGGACCAGAGAGAGGGGGCGAAGUUUAAUCAUUGAACUAAGCAGCCUGGAAGUAUUUAAUCUGUAGCACCUAGUUCCCCAGAGGCCUCCAGCCUGAGCUAGAAGUGGGCAGUACUCCGGAGACGUGUAAGUAAACACGGCACAGAAAUCUCUGCCCAUCUCAGGAGAAACCAAACUUGGGAAAAAUGUUUGCGGUACACUUGAUGGCAUUUUACUUCACCAAGCUGAAGGAGGAUCAGAUUAAGAAGGUGGACAGGUUCCUGUAUCACAUGCGGCUCUCCGAUGAGACCCUUUUGGACAUCAUGACUCGUUUCCAGGCUGAAAUGCAGAAGGGCCUGGGAAAGGACACGAACCCCACAGCCUCAGUGAAGAUGCUGCCUACCUUUGUCAGGGCCAUUCCAGAUGGCUCAGAAAAUGGCGAGUUUCUUGCCCUAGAUCUUGGAGGAUCCAAGUUUCGAGUCCUGAAGGUGCAAGUCUCUGAAGAGGGGAAACAAAAAGUCCAGAUGGAGAGUCAGUUCUACCCAACACCCAAUGAAAUUAUCCAAGGGAACGGCUCAGAGCUGUUUGUAUAUGUAGCUGACUGCGUGGCAGAUUUCGUGAAGACCAAAGGGUUGAAGAAUAAGAAAUUUCCCCUUGGCCUGACCUUUUCUUUUCCCUGCAGACAGACUAAAUUGGAAGAGGGUGUCCUGCUUUCAUGGACGAAGAAAUUUAAGGCACGGGGAGUUCAGGACACAGAUGUAGUGAACUGUCUGACCAAAGCUAUGAAAAAGCACAAGGAUAUAGAUGUGGACAUCCUGGCCUUGGUCAAUGACACCGUGGGGACCAUGAUGACAUGCGCCUAUGAUGAUCCCUACUGCGAAGUCGGUGUCAUCAUCGGUACUGGCACCAACGCGUGUUACAUGGAGGACAUGAGCAACAUUGACCUGGUGGAAGGUGACGAGGGGAGGAUGUGCAUCAACACCGAGUGGGGGGCCUUUGGGGACGAUGGGGCCCUGGAAGACAUCCGCACCGAGUUUGACCUGGAUCUGGACCUUGGCUCUCUCAACCCUGGGAAGCAGCUAUUUGAGAAGAUGAUCAGCGGCCUGUACCUAGGUGAACUCGUCAGGCUCGUCUUGUUGAAGAUGGCCAAGGCAGGCCUCCUGUUUGGUGGCAAGAUAUCCUCCACGCUCCACACGAAGGGCAAAAUUGAAACACGGCACGUGGCUGCCAUGGAGAAGUAUAAAGAAGGCCUUGCCAAUACAAGAGAGAUCCUCACGGAUCUGGGCCUGGAGCCUUCGGAGGCUGACUGCAUUGCGGUCCAGCAUGUCUGCACCAUCGUCUCCUUCCGCUCAGCCAACCUCUGUGCAGCGGCCCUGGCAGCCAUCCUGACUCGACUCCGGGAGAACAAGAAGCUGCCACGGCUACGGACCACAGUGGGCGUGGAUGGCACACUCUACAAGAUACACCCUCAAUAUCCAAAACGCCUGCACAAGGUGGUGAGGAAACUGGUCCCGAACUGUGACGUCCGCUUCCUCCUGUCGGAGAGUGGCAGCACCAAGGGGGCCGCCAUGGUGACAGCGGUGGCCUCCCGCGUGCAGGCCAAGCGGAAGCAGAUUGACAGGGUGCUGGCUUUGUUCCGACUGACCCAAGAGCAGCUUGUGGGUGUGCAGGACAAGAUGCGGGCUGAGCUCGAGUACGGGCUGAAGAGGGACACCCACCCACUGGCCACAGUCAAGAUGCUGCCCACCUACGUCUGCGGGAUGCCAGAUGGCACAGAGAAGGGGAAGUUCCUCGCCCUGGAUCUGGGGGGAACCAACUUCCGAGUCCUCCUGGUGAAGGUCAGAAGUGGACGGAGGUCAGUGCGAAUGUACCACAAGAUCUUUGCCGUCCCUCUGGAGGUCAUGCAGGGCACCGGUGAGGAGCUGUUUGACCACAUUGUGCAGUGCAUCGCUGACUUCCUGGACUACAUGGGCCUCAAGGGAGCCCCGCUGCCCUUGGGCUUCACGUUCUCGUUUCCCUGCAGACAGACAAGCAUUGACAAGGGAACACUCAUUGAAUGGACCAAAGGCUUUAAGGCUACCGACUGUGAAGGGGAAGACAUGGUGGACAUGCUCAGGGAAGCCAUCAAGAGGAGAAAUGAGUUUGACCUGGAUAUAGUUGCAGUCGUGAAUGACACAGUGGGGACUAUGAUGACCUGUGGCUAUGAAGAUCCUAAUUGUGAGAUUGGCCUGAUUGCAGGAACAGGCAGCAAUGUGUGCUACAUGGAGGAGAUGAGAAACAUCGAGUUGGUGGAAGGGGACAAAGGGCUGAUGUGCAUCAAUACAGAGUGGGGAGGAUUUGGAGAUAAUGGCUGCAUAAAUGACAUUCGGACCCAAUAUGACAAGGAGGUGGAUGAGGGGUCUUUGAAUCCUGGCAAACAGAGAUAUGAGAAGAUGACCAGUGGGAUGUACCUGGGGGAGAUCGUGCGGCAGAUCCUGAUCGACCUGACCAAGCAGGGUCUCCUCUUUCGCGGGCAGAUUUCAGAGCGUCUCCGGACCAGGGGCAUCUUUGAAACCAAGUUCCUAUCCCAAAUUGAAAGCGAUAGGCUGGCUCUCCUUCAGGUCAGGAGGAUCCUGCAGCAGCUCGGCUUGGACAGCACAUGUGAGGACAGCAUCGUGGUGAAGGAGGUGUGUGGAGCUGUGUCCCGUCGGGCGGCCCAGCUCUGCGGCGCUGGCAUGGCUGCCAUCGUGGAGAAAAAGAGGGAAGACCAGGGACUUGAGCACUUGAAGAUCACUGUGGGCGUGGAUGGUACCCUGUACAAGCUGCACCCUCACUUUUCUUGGAUAUUGCAAGAAACUGUGAAAGAACUAGCCCCUCGAUGUGAUGUGACUUUCAUGCUGUCAGAAGAUGGGAGUGGAAAGGGAGCAGCUCUGAUCACUGCUGUAGCCAAGAGGUUACAGCAGGCACCGAAAGGGAAAUAGGAACCCCUCAGGGUUGGGCCCGAUGCACCUCAGACACCGACCAGCCUUUCCUUUGGCAGAUAAGUUGGUCAGGGACCAACAGGCAAGCUUCUGGUUGACUUCACCUUCAGGAUGGCCGAAAGAGAACCCCAGGUUCUCUGGUAUUUGUAGCAUUUUGUUGCUACUGGGUUUUCAAAGGCAGUAAAUGAUAUCGUUAUUUGGCAUAUUUGAGUCCACGAUGGGCCAACUUGUAAAAUUAAAGGAUGUGGCUCGAGAGCUCCUCUCUCAGCAAAUUUUUCAGUUAAGGGCUGACCUGUCAGUUUUCAAUGGCUUUGGGUCUUGUGGCUGCUGGACUUGGCAAUUAUAUGUACAGUCUGCCCAUGUGGCCUGUCUGGCUGAGCUCCCACUUGUGUGCUUCAGCCAUCGCUGUAGUAGAUUGAGCCCUCUACUACACACUCAAAGCGGCUAGGGACUCAUGUAAUAAACUGGAGAUUUAAUCUAACUUGUUCUUAACUUGUCAUGUUGACUUCAAAUGUGAAGAGAGAACAAAGACUUUGGAGUAAUCAGCCCCAGGAUGAAGAAGGAUUGAUUGCCAGGGAGCCUUGUAGGAAGCUUUUCAUGCUCAAAGAGAGUUAUGUCAGCACCCUGUAGUUUUGUUUCUCGAUAUGCAUGUGUUAUUCUUAGGGUUGCUGUUUGGGGUACCUGUUUUUCAUUUUACAUGUGGUUUGUGUCACUGUUGUUUAUAGUUGUUUAAAGGGCUGUCGAGUAAAUGAAAUCCACUAAAUGAAUAAAAAUAUUUGAUUUCCCAAGAA